CAGACCUCUAGGCUCCACUGGGGCAGCCCCUGGACUGGUCCCCAACGUUGAUGGGGAACCGCAGCUGCCCUCCCCCUCCCGCCCCCACGGUUGCCUUCCUCCUUCCUCUUUCUACUACUGCCCUGCCCUUCCCCAGAAGGCUUUUUUAUAGGUCUCAGGUUCCCAUCGGAGGCCUUGAGGUUUGGGGCUGCCCUGGAGGACAUGGCCUGGGGCCCUGACAACGUGCGGAAAUGGUCAAGCCUGGCACUGCUGGCCAUCGUGGGCACAGCUUUGACAGCAGCCACCGACCCUGGCUUCGUGGCCAGGAUCUCCCAGAAGGGUCUGGACUUCGUGUGCCAGGAGAGUAUGGUUGAGUUGCAGAAGGAGCUAUUAGCCAUCAGCAUUCCUGACUUCUCUGGAGACUUUAAGAUAAAGCACCUGGGAAAGGGUACCUAUGAAUUCUACAGCAUGGCCGUGGAAGGAUUUCAUAUUCCUGAUCCCCAGAUCAAGCUGCUACCCAGUGAUGGCCUCCAGCUGUCCAUCACCAGUGCCAGAAUCAAGAUAAGUGGAAGAUGGAAAUAUAGGAAGAACAUCCUCAAAGCCAGCGGCAAUUUUCAGCUGAGCAUUCAGGGUGUCUCUAUCAUCGCUGACUUGAUCCUGGGCAAUGACCCCUCAGGUCGCAUCACCAUCACCUGUUCUACUUGCGACAGUCACAUCAACAGCGUCCGCAUCAAAGUCUCUGGCAGCAUGCUGGGGUGGCUGAUCCAACUGUUCCACAGGAAAAUUGAGACUUCCUUGAAAAAGACCAUUUACAAAAAGAUCUGCAAGAUCGUGAGAAACUCCGUGUCCGCCAAGCUUCAGCCUUAUGUGAAGACUCUUCCAGUGGUAGCCAAAGUGGAUGAUAUAACCUCGAUUGACUACAGUCUGCUGGCUCCUCCGAUGACCACGGACAAGUUCCUGGAGGGGCAGCUAAGGGGGGAGUUUUUCUGGCGGGGACACCACGGCCCACUUCCCGCUGUCCCACCAGUAAUGAAUAUUUUGCCCAACAAUAGCUACAUGGUAUGCAUGGGCAUCUCUGACUACUUCUUCAACACUGCGGAGUUUGCGUACCAAGAGUCUAAAACCUUGAAAAUAACCCUGAGGGACCAAUUGUUAGCAAAGGAUGCCAGAUACCACCUGAACACUGACUUCCUUAGGACCUUCCUGCCCGAGGUGGCCAAGAAGUUCCCCAGCAUGGGGGUGCAGCUACUGAUCUCAGCGCCCUCGUUUGCACACCUGAACAUACAGCCCUCAGGCCUUUCGCUCAGUCCUAACCUGGAGACCCGGGCCUUUGUGGUCCACCCCAACUCCUCCCUGAUCCCUCUCUUCCUGCUUGGCAUGAAAACAAAUGCCUCUCUGGAAGUGAAUGCUAUGAAAAACAGGCUUAUUGGCGAGAUGAAGCUAGGCAGGCUGUUGCUGGAACUGAAGCAAUCCAACUUUGGCUCCUUUAAGGUGGAGUUACUGGAGGAUGUCAUAAACUACCUCAUGUCCACAAUGGUGCUGCCCAAGAUCAACGAGAAGCUUCGUCGAGGCUUUCCUCUCCCUUUGCCUGCCGGGAUUCAGCUCAUCAACUCCAUUCUUUACUCCUCCCAGAAUUUCCUGUUGCUUGAGGCGGAUUUACGCCGGACCUGAGAUCACCUCAGACCCUGAGCCAGGAAGCUCUGCAGCUGCUUCCAAGGGGCCAUCACACUCACCGGCUGUCCUGCUCAAGAAUCCUUUAGUCUUUGACCCUGACCUGCAGCCCCUGCUUGCUUCCCCGUGCUCAGCUCUAGAAAUAACCCAAGCCACUGGAAGUUGAGCACCGGAAAGCGAGAGGUCUGUGUCCCGGGGCUCCAGGGCUCCGGGCCUCUUUCAGAGCAGCCCCUCCAGCACCGGCACUUCUGCGGGAGCUGUGACAUUAUUUUGGACUUUACAAAAACACCCCUUUUCUCCCCA